AUGCUCAACGCCGCCGCCAUUCCGGCGGUGCUCGCAGUAUCUUCGUCGCCGCUCGUCUCGUGUCGUGCUGCGGCGCUGCUAUCGUCGCACGCCACUGUGCGAGGAGCGACUGGUAACCGUUUCGCUCACAACGCCGGCCCAUUGACGUCCCUUCAUGUGCUUUCGCGAACCCUAGAAAGACGACCCGCCAUGCAAGCCUUGGGUUUCCGACGCUCGCUCUUCGCGGGGCGGGGUUUAGCGGCGGCUCCCGCGCACGCGGGGCUGGGACUAGCGCUGCGCCACUCGCCUAAGGCCUCCCACGGCGCGCCGAACCCUGUGCGGCUCUCCACUUCGGCGGCUGCGGCGGCCGGAUCGCAGGGCGAGCAGUCACGACAGGCGGGGGAAGGGGGGCGGGCAGGCGGGAGGCAGGGAGCGGGCAGCAGCGUGGGGUUCAGGGAGCGGGGCGGGAGUGGGGCGGGGGGAGCGCACGUGCGCGGAGGAUGGCGAGGGCCCCGCGGGGAGAGCAGGGAGCGCUGGGCGGCGGGUGGAGAAGGGGGAAAAGUUGCAAGGAGCGGGGGACAUGGCGUGGCGGGCCGUGCGAUUGGCGCGGAGGGAGAGCGGGCGAGGGCAGGCGGGCGAGGUGGUGGGCGGGUGGACACGUGGGGGGAGUCGAGAGGCGGGAGGGUUGAUCGGGGGAUGGGCAACGGGAGGAGAGGAAGCGAUUUUGGUUUCAGGGGGGGAGACGAGAGGUCAGGGGCGGAUGGGUGGAGGGAGGGGGGCAGGGGGCGAUGGAGGGGGAGCGCGCAGGAAGCGAGGGGAGGCGCAAGUGGCGCGCCUGCAUGGGCUAGAGGCGCGCACCUGCCUCGGGGGAAUGGUGACGCUUUCAGAUCAGCUGAUGACGUGGAGCUCUAUGAUUCGCCAGCAAUGCAAGAUGGGGGCGCGCGCUUUCCGUGGGAGGAGGGCGCUGGAAGGGGCGAGGGAUGGGCGCAUGGCGGAGAGGGGAGGAGGGGCGAGGGGCGGGCAGCAGGGGCGCGCGUGGGCGCAGAGGAUGGGUGGCGGGGCGUGGCAGGGGGGGAGCAGCAGGGGGAGGAGUUCCCGUGGCUGGGGAGGGGGAGGGGCGGAGGGGCAGGCGGCGGGGUGCAAGGGGAGGCGGCGGGUGUGCGGGAAAGGCGGGUGCGGCAGGCGUGGGUGGCGGAGGUGAGUCUGCCGGCCGGUGAGCUGAGGCGGCUGCGGGCCGCAGUGAUGGUGCUGCGGCAGCCGGUGAAGGUGGGGCGGCAGGGCGUGACGGAGGGCAUAGUGGCAGCGGUGCAGGCGCGGUGGCGCGCCGGGCACGAGGUGGUGAAGCUCAGGUGCGAGGGCGCGCCCGCCUUCAACAUGCGCCACACACACGACCACAUCGAGCGUCUGACGGGCGGCAUGGUGGUGUGGCGGGCGGGGGCAGCGCUGGCAGUGUACCGUGGCCCGCAGUACGGCCAGGGGGGGGAGGGGCAGCGGGCGCAGGGGCAACGGGGGGAGGCGGAAGAGGGGGAGAUGAGAUGGGGAGAUGGGGAGGCGGGGUUGGAGGAGAUGGGGAGUGUUGGUGCGAGGGGGUGGGGAGAGGGAGAGAUGAGUGAUGGGGAAUUAGAGGGCGAGGGAGAGGGAGAGGGGGGGCAGGGCGAGCAGCAAGGGGCAGCGCUGGUGAGCGGGGCAAGCAGCGGUGAGGGGCAGCAGGAGUGGGGAGGGCAGGGUGGGGAAGGCGGCGUGGCAGCAGCAGCAGCAGCAGCAGCAGCAGCAGCAGCAGCAGCAGCAGGCGAGGAGGACGUGACGGUGGGGUUGGGUCCCAAGGUGGCGGGGUGGGAGCGGCCUGGCCAUGCCCCCGUGGACGCCGACCAGCUGCUGGGGGGAGCGGCCGCGGUGGGGUACCGCGCGCCGUUCAGGCUGGUGCCGUAUGGUGUGAGCAGCAAGCUGAGCAACGAUGAGAUGACCCGCCUGCGCCACCUUGCCAGGAAGCUGCCGCCCCACUUCAUGCUAGGGCGCAACAGGGGGUUGGAGGGGCUGGCGGCGGCGGUGGUGGCGCUGUGGGAGCGCAGCGAGGUGGCCAAGAUUGGCGUCAAGCGCGGCGUGCAGAACACCAGCAACGAGCGCAUGGCAGAGGAGCUCAAGGUGAGGUGCAUGGCGCAGGAGCUCAAGGUGAGGUGCAUGGCGCAGGAGCUCAAGGUGAGGUGCAUGGCGCAGGAGCUCAAGGUGAGGUGCAUGGCGCAGGAGCUCAAGGUGAGGUGCAUGGCGGAGGAACUCAAGGUGAGGUGCAUGGCGGAGGAGCUCAAGGUGAGGUGCAUGGCAGAGGAGCUCAAGGUGAGGUGCAUGGCGCAGGAGCUCAAGGUGAGGUGCAUGGCGGAGGAACUCAAGGUGAGGUGCAUGGCGGAGGAACUCAAGGUGAGGUGCAUGGCGCAGGAGCUCAAGGUGAGGUGCAUGGCGCAGGAGCUCAAGGUGAGGUGCAUGGCGCAGGAGCUCAAGGUGAGGUGCAUGGCGCAGGAGCUCAAGGUGAGGUGCAUGGCGCAGGAGCUCAAGGUGAGGUGCAUGGCGCAGGAGCUCAAGGUGAGGUGCAUGGCGCAGGAGCUCAAGGUGAGGUGCAUGGCGGAGGAACUCAAGGUGAGGUGCAUGGCGGAGGAGCUCAAGGUGAGGUGCAUGGCAGAGGAGCUCAAGGUGAGGUGCAUGGCGCAGGAGCUCAAGGUGAGGUGCAUGGCGGAGGAACUCAAGGUGAGGUGCAUGGCGGAGGAACUCAAGGUGAGGUGCAUGGCGCAGGAGCUCAAGGUGAGGUGCAUGGCGCAGGAGCUCAAGGUGAGGUGCAUGGCGCAGGAGCUCAAGGUGAGGUGCAUGGCGCAGGAGCUCAAGGUGAGGUGCAUGGCGCAGGAGCUCAAGGUGAGGUGCAUGGCGCAGGAGCUCAAGGUGAGGUGCAUGGCGCAGGAGCUCAAGGUGAGGUGCAUGGCGCAGGAGCUCAAGGUGAGGUGCAUGGCGCAGGAGCUCAAGGUGAGGUGCAUGGCGGAGGAACUCAAGGUGAGGUGCAUGGCGGAGGAGCUCAAGGUGAGGUGCAUGGCAGAGGAGCUCAAGGUGAGGUGCAUGGCGCAGGAGCUCAAGGUGAGGUGCAUGGCGGAGGAACUCAAGGUGAGGUGCAUGGCGGAGGAACUCAAGGUGAGGUGCAUGGCGCAGGAGCUCAAGGUGAGGUGCAUGGCGCAGGAGCUCAAGGUGAGGUGCAUGGCGCAGGAGCUCAAGGUGAGGUGCAUGGCGCAGGAGCUCAAGGUGAGGUGCAUGGCGCAGGAGCUCAAGGUGAGGUGCAUGGCGGACGAGCUCAAGUUUCAGCGCCUGCCACACCCCACACACGCUCCUUCUCCCAUCACCUCCUCUCUGCAUCUCAACCUCUCCGCCUCUCCCCUUUUCCUCCCCCCCCCACUGCCCUCCCUCCAGAGGCUGACGGGCGGGGUGCUGUUGGCGCGCGACAAGUUCUUCAUCUCGUUGUACCGCGGCAAGGACUUCCUGCCCGCUGCGCUCGCCGCCACACUCGCAGCACGGCAGCAGCAGGCGAGGCAGAGUGCGGACGAGGAGGAGAGGGAGCGCCUGCUCGCCCUGCCCUCGCUGCUGCUGCCCUCGCCCUCCGGCCCCGCACACGGCGAGGAGGGCGCAUGGGGAGCCUCUCCUGGGAGCGCAGUGCACUCGUCUGAGGGCAGGGGAGACGCGGAGGGCGGGGAGGAGGAGGAGGUGGAGGGGCAGCUGGUGGAGGGGCAGCUGGUGGAGGGGCAGCUGGUGGAGGGGCAGCUGGUGGAGGGGCAGCUGGUGGAGGGGCAGCUGGUGGAGGAGGAGCGGCGGCGGCGGCGGGAGGCCAUAGAGGCGUCCAGGCGACUGGCACUGGCACGACAGAUAGAGCAGAAGCUGGCUCAGGUGGGAUGGCAGAUAGAGCAGAAGCUGGCUCAGGCGCUGCGCAAGAAGGGGCGGGCGGAGGAGCAGUUGGAGAAGCUGCGGGCGGUGCUGCGGCCAGUGGAGGUGCCGGCGGACAGUGAGACGCUCACGGAGGAGGAGAGGCACAUGUUCCGCAAGCUCGGCCAGAAAAUGCGUGCCUACCUUGAAAUGGGCAAGCGGGGCGUGUUUGCAGGGCUGGUGGAGAACAUGCAUCUGCACUGGAAGCACCGCGAGCUCGUCAAGAUCAUCUGCAAGGACCGCGACCGGCGCCGAGCGGAGGACGUGGCGGCCAUGCUGGCGGUGGAGAGCGGGGGCGUGCUGGUGGGCGUGGUGCCGGUGAAGAAGCACCACGCCAUCAUUGUGUACCGCGGCAAGAACUACUCUCGCCCCGCCCUGCUGCGCCCCAAGGGGCUCCUCACCAAGCGCCAGGCGCUCACACGCGCCACCGAGGAGCAGCGCCGUGCGUCACUGGAGGCACACAUGAGGGAGCUCGAUGCUGCCAUCGCGCGCCUCUCACAAGGACUGGUCAGUGCUCUCCUUCUCCUCCCCUCCACUCUCCUGCCCUUCUUCUCCCCUCCACUCUCCCGCCCUUCUUCUCUCCUCCACUCUCCCGCCCUUCUUCUCCCCUCCACUCUCCCGCCCUUCUUCUCCCCUCCACUCUCCCGCCCUUCUUCUCCCCUCCACUCUCCUGCCCUUCUUCUCCCCUCCACUCUCCCGCCCUUCUUCUCCCCUCCACUCUCCCGCCCUUCUUCUCCCCUCCACUCUCCUGCCCUUCUUCUCCCCUCCACUCUCCCGCCCUUCUUCUCCCCUCCACUCUCCCGCCCUUCUUCUCCCCUCCACUCUCCUGCCCUUCUUCUCCCCUCCACUCUCCCGCCCUUCUUCUCCCCUCCACUCUCCCGCCCUUCUUCUCCCCUCCACUCUCCCGCCCUUCUUCUCCCCUCCACUCUCCCGCCCUUCUUCUCCCCUCCACUCUCCUGCCCUUCUUCUCCCCUCCACUCUCCCGCCCUUCUUCUCCCCUCCACUCUCCCGCCCUUCUUCUCCCCUCCACUCUCCUGCCCUUCUUCUCCCCUCCACUCUCCCGCCCUUCUUCUCCCCUCCACUCUCCUGCCCUUCUUCUCCCCUCCACUCUCCCGCCCUUCUUCUCCCCUCCACUCUCCUGCCCUUCUUCUCCCCUCCACUCUCCUGCCCUUCUCCUCCCCUCCACUCUCCUGCCCUUCUCCUCCCCUCCACUCUCCUGCCCUUCUUCUCCCCUCCACUCUCCUGCCCUUCUUCUCCCCUCCACUCUCCUGCCCUUCUUCUCACCUCCACUCUCCCGCCCUUCUUCUCCCCUCCACUCUCCUGCCCUUCUUCUCCCCUCCACUCUCCCGCCCUUCUUCUCCCCUCCACUCUCCUGCCCUUCUUCUCCCCUCCACUCUCCUGCCCUUCUUCUCCCCUCCACUCUCCUGCCCUUCUCCUCCCCUCCACUCUCCUGCCCUUCUUCUCCCCUCCACUCUCCCGCCCUUCUUCUCCCCUCCACUCUCCUGCCCUUCUUCUCCCCUCCACUCUUCUGCGCUUCUUCUCCCCUCCACUCUCCUGCCCUUCUUCUCCCCUCCACUCUCCUGCCCUUCUUCUCCCCUCCACUCUCCUGCCCUUCUCCUCCCCUCCACUCUCCUGCCCUUCUUCUCCCCUCCACUCUCCCGCCCUUCUUCUCCCCUCCACUCUCCUGCCCUUCUUCUCCCCUCCACUCUCCUGCCCUUCUUCUCCCCUCUACUCUCCUGCCCUUCUCCUCCCCUCCACUCUCCUGCCCUUCUUCUCCCCUCCACUCUCCCGCCCUUCUUCUCCCCUCCACUCUCCUGCCCUUCUUCUCCCCUCCACUCUCCCGCCCUUCUUCUCCCCUCCACUCUCCUGCCCUUCUUCUCCCCUCCACUCUCCUGCCCUUCUUCUCCCCUCCACUCUCCUGCCCUUCUCCUCCCCUCCACUCUCCUGCCCUUCUUCUCCCCUCCACUCUCCCGCCCUUCUUCUCCCCUCCACUCUCCUGCCCUUCUUCUCCCCUCCACUCUUCUGCGCUUCUUCUCCCCUCCACUCUCCUGCCCUACUUCUCCCUUCCACUCUCCUGCCCUUCUUCUCGCCCUCCGCUUUUAUGCUCAUCUGCUCCUCUUCUGA